CUGAUUGUUCUCCUCCCUUUCUUAUUCUCUUCGACAUACUCAGUAUAAAUUAGAUCAGAUACUCCGUAAUGGUAUGUGCCCGUACUUCUCCUCAAUUUCUAUUGCCGGCGUGCUCGUCAUAAUCCGAUCACACCGUUCCGGGAAAACGGAACACUACUAUUGUGAAUAACAGGCAGGAAAAUGAGGCUGCCGAUGGUGGAUUGCCGGGGAUUGAUCGAUUUCUGCAGGGCUUUCGAGCAGCACAAGAACAGGUCCCGAUUCCAAUCCAGCAAGAACAAGCAAUCACAAGACAAGAUUCCUUUGUGCUCAGAUCACUCCCCGAUGGCGGCCCUUGAUUUGGUAUUGCUCAUCUUGGUUCUCGGAUCUCUGGGUUUUCUCCUAAUCCCCUAUUUCACUUCCGUGUUCGCCGAGGCUUUUCCGAUCAUCUGCGAAAUCGUUCUGGAGUGUAUCAACGAAACCCCCGUGGAGUAUUUCGUAGGUGUUGUGGCGGCUCUAUCGGGAGUUCUGGUAGUGAUCGUGGCAUGGGAGGUCGUCGAUUUGCGGUCGAGGAAGUGCGGGAAACAGAACUGUCAAGGAUUGAGGAAAGCGGUGGAGUUUGAUAUCCAGCUAGAGUCAGAGGAGUGCCUCAAAUAUCUCCCGCCUGAGGCAUCCUUCAAUGGGAACGCCUUUUACAAUUACGGCGUGAAGCCAUUGGAGCUCGGGCAAGACCGCAAGGAGCUGGAGGCUGAGCUCAAGCGGAUGGCGCCGCCGAAUGGCCGCACUGUGCUCAUCUUCCGGGCACCCUGUGGCUGCCCUGCAGGUAGAUUGGAGGUUUGGGGCAAUAAGAAAAUCCGUAGGGUUAAGAAAUGAAUUUACAGUCUCCCAGAAUUAUAUAUUUAUACAAGCUAUGUUAUUAUUGCUCUCCAAAGAUCCAUUCAUAUACGAUGAAUAAAGUAGUAUGAGAUAUUAGUCAAUCUUUUCAUAUCAUCAUCAUAUACGAUAUGCAUACAAAUAAGAUCUUUUGAUAACGCUGUAACAACAAAUGCACAGAUGAUUUUGUAUAGUACACCUAAUCCUUCCUGCCCUCUUAUGUGUGUUCUUUAUUUCCUC